UCGAAAUUCGGGAACUCCAAAAAUGCUGACUAUAAAAAUCUUUACAGCGUUUAUUUUUGCUAUUUUCAUUUCAAAUGGAUUAAGUAUGGAUUAUGAUUCAUUAAAUUACGCUCAAAUCGUUCAGGACUGUGAGACAGAACAACCUCUUUCACAAGAGGAGACACUUUCCUUAGCAGCGGUAUAUGAGGACGAAGUAUCUGAUAAUGUGAAAUGCUUUUCCUAUUGUCUCUUGAAACGCACUUUUAUGAUGUAUGAAAAUGGAUCCAUUAACAUCGAUGGUUGCAUUAGUGUUGCUAAGAAUUAUUUCAAUCAAGAUGAAUAUAUAACAGGCAUUUCCAUUAAAAUAUUUAAGAAUUGCGCUGAUGGUUUAACCCGAAAUGAUAUGUGUGCACGUGCUGCUGAAUUUGUUGCUUGUUUCCAGAAUGGAUUUAGAGAACAAGAACUAUAAUACUAGCGUAAUAUUUUCAUAAUUUCA